GGCUCAUAUCUGCUGCUCUCGCUCCCCCUUUGCUCCAGGUCAUUCUCUACAAGACAGAAAACACACAAGGCAGGAUGUCCACCUACAGCAAGAAAACCAGCUACACCGUCAAGUCUUCUUCCUCUGGAUCUAUCCCACGCAACUUCAGCAGUUUGUCUUAUUCCGGCCCCAGCAUGAGCCGGCAGAGCUACAGUGCACGCAGCUCCUAUGGAGGUGUCAAUCGUGGCAUGGGAGCUGGAAUGGGAGGUGGUAGUGGCUUCAUCUCUAGCUCUUCAGCCUACGGUCUUGGCAUGGGCAUGGGUACCGGAAUGGGUGCAGGAGUCGUGGCACCAAUUCAAGCAGUCACCGUCAACAAGAGCCUCCUGGCACCUCUGAAUCUGGAGAUCGACCCCAACAUCCAAAUUGUCCGCACCCAGGAGAAAGAGCAAAUCAAGACCCUCAACAACCGCUUCGCUUCCUUCAUUGACAAGGUACGUUUCCUGGAACAGCAGAAUAAGAUGCUGGAGACAAAAUGGAGCCUGCUCCAGAACCAGACAGCCACACGCUCCAACAUCGAUGCCAUGUUCGAGGCCUACAUCGCCAACCUGCGCAGACAGCUCGACAGCCUCGGCAAUGACAAAAUGAAGCUGGAGGCUGACCUGCACAACAUGCAAGGUCUCGUUGAGGACUUCAAAAACAAAUAUGAGGAUGAAAUCAACAAGCGCACAGAAUGUGAGAACGAGUUUGUGCUCAUCAAGAAGGAUGUUGAUGAGGCCUACAUGAAUAAGGUUGAGCUGGAGGCCAAACUGGAAAGUCUCACUGAUGAGAUCAACUUCCUCAGGCAGAUCUUUGAGGAGGAGAUCCGUGAGCUGCAGUCUCAGAUCAAGGACACCUCAGUCGUGGUGGAGAUGGACAACAGCAGGAAUCUCGACAUGGACGCCAUCGUUGCUGAAGUCCGCGCUCAGUAUGAAGACAUCGCUAACCGAAGCCGGGCUGAGGCUGAGAUGUGGUACAAGUCUAAGUAUGAGGAGAUGCAGACAUCUGCAAACAAAUACGGUGAUGACCUUAGAUCAACAAAGACAGAAAUCGCUGACCUUAACCGCAUGAUCCAGAGACUGCAGUCGGAAAUCGAUGCAGUAAAAGGACAGCGAGCCAACUUGGAGAACCAGAUCGCAGAGGCAGAGGAACGUGGCGAGAUGGCAGUAAGAGAUGCCAAGGGCCGCAUUAAGGACCUGGAGGAUGCCCUCCAGAGAGCCAAGCAGGACAUGGCACGCCAGAUUAGAGAAUAUCAGGACCUGAUGAAUGUAAAAUUAGCCCUAGACAUCGAGAUCGCCACCUACAGGAAGCUCCUGGAAGGAGAAGAGGACAGACUGGCAACUGGAAUCAAGGCCAUCAAUAUCUCAAAACAGAGCACGAGCUAUGGUGGAUAUCCUAUGGAAAGUGCCGGCAGCAGCUACAGCACCUACUCUAGCGGUUACUCCAGCGGUUUAUCUGGAGGAUAUGGUGGCGGAUACAGCGGCGGAUACAGCGGUGGCUACAGCUCAGGCAGCGGCUACAGCGACACCGUCUCUCAGACCAAGAAGAGCGUCGUGAUCAAGAUGAUCGAGACCAAGGAUGGCAGAGUUGUGUCCGAGUCCUCUGAAGUAGUCCAAGAUUGAGCAAGUCCUUCCCCCAGUUGUGUCCACUAAACGUCACGCCUCUUCAUGACCUUCCCUCUCAACCAUUAUGGCUGCGGCCCAAAGCUCUAGACAGAAAAGCAGCCAUAAAGCAGGUUGAAAGCCACUCACACUGACCAAAGAAUUCCAGAGGGACCAAAUAAUCUCACCGCUCUUGUCGUGCCUUAAUCCACAUCACUAAAAACACACGUCUUCAGGCCACCGCACCGCACAACUGUCUUCAUGUCUUACCUUGCACAACAUGGCACAACACGUCUGUAGGCUGGACAAUCCUCGAUGUGCCACUAACUGCAGCUAGCCAUUUAGCUGAAAUGCUCAACAUGCUAAGCAAAUGAAGGGAUAUGAUUGCAUUUGUGCUAAAUUGCUAGCAUGUUAGUGGUAGAUCCAUGCGGUUGGCCUGUUUAUUAGAGAUCAUUUCAUUGUACUUUUGGCAAACGAGAAGUUGCCCAUUGUGUAUCCUGUUUUCUUAGGUGCUGUUUUUGCUACCGAAAAUAAAAGUGUUUACCUAAAAA